GAGUGAGAAUAAAAAGCCACGACUGGUUCAUAUAAGCAUUGGCAAUGAAGAAACAUCAUCGAUGAUUAUAAUGUGGUCCACUGUCUCCCAAACCGGAUGUAUUGUUUUCUAUGAUAUAAGCGACAAAUUACAGUUCAGCAUCGAAGGGAAUGUAUCAAAGUUGCUGGAGGACAAUUGGAAUGCACUUUCUUAUAUACACAGAGCAGAACUUACGAAACUUGAAGCAAAUCAGACAUACUUCUACCAAGUGUCUUGUGAUUAUGGACAUGACGUCUUCAAAAGUGACAUCUUUAUGUUCAAGACCCUGUCUAAAGACAAGGAACAAAUGGUAAAACUUUUGGUGUAUGGAGAUAUGGGAUCGAAGUCAGGAAAGUUAACACUUCCGGCUUUACAAGAUGAACUAUCUACGGGGCAAUAUCAGGCGAUAUUCCAUAAUGGAGAUUUUGGUUAUGAUCUUGACUCAAACGGAGGCUCAGUAGGAGAUGAUUUUCUCGAUAUGAUUCAACCAAUCGCAGCACAGUUUCCAUACAUGACGUCACCUGGUAACCAUGAGCUGUCACAUGACUUGCACCACUAUAGAUUAAGAUUCUCAAUGCCCGGGACACCUUGGCCGAUGCCAUUUGAGAAACUUUGGUACAGUUUCGAUAUUGGACCGGUGCAUUUUAUCAGUUUUUCAUCAGAGGUUUACUUCAUUCAUAACCAGGAUUUCACUUGUAAACAAUAUGAUUGGUUGUUAGAAGAUCUGACGAUAGCUAAUCAGAAUAGGAAACAGACUCCAUGGAUUAUUGCACUUGGACAUCGACCUAUGUAUUGCACAAAUAGUAACCUUGACGACUGUACGCCGCACUUUUGGGGACAAUGGGUUAAAAGAGGACUUGAAGAUUUGUUUUAUGCUAUGGGAGUUGACCUUGUGAUAGAAGCUCACGAGCAUUCCUACGAGCGUUUAUGGCCUGUGUAUCACUCUGACGUCAUUCAACAUAGCUAUUUACAUCCACGUGCUCCUGUUCAUAUAAUUUCCGGUGCUGGUGGAAAUUUGGAAGGAGUAGACUUGACGGGAUUUUCAAGUCCCUGGUCUGCAUUCAGAGCUGGCAGAAGGAGUAAAAAUUCUUACGGAAGACUUUCUGUUGUAAAUAAAACACAUUUACAUUUUGAUCAAAUAAGUGCUAUAACCAAAGAUGUUUUGGAUCAAUUUUGGAUCGUGCAAGAACAUCAUGGUCCAUUCUUACAAAAUAUUGAUUGUAAGAAUAGCACCGUUUUCCCGGAAUUCUGUACUUGUCCAUUGCCGAUCCGUUUUGUUACUUUGCUGAUUUUGUUCACGUCGGGAAUUGUCAUUGUCAUAGUUCUAUCCCUUAUGUUCUGUUGUUAUUCAUGUAGAUGUUGUUACUUCUGUCUCAACAACAUUCGCACAUGCGCACAUGUAUCCGGAAACUGGAUGAAUCGCAGACGACAAUACCGACAUCAACCAUUACAGCAUAAUACCGAUAUCGAGGACGAUUUUCUUGUUUAUCAACCGACAGAAAGCAUCGAUUCUUUUGAUAUGUUAGUGCACUGAAAUUAGUGAAAGCUAAAUGUCAGAUGAAGGUCAUAUUAGCACACGUGAUGGCACGUGCUUUGCCUUAAUGGUUGAACAGAACAAUACACGAGGAGAUUGGAAUAUAUCAAUGACUGGAUCGAAAAGUGGAUUUCAGAAGUAGUAUGAUAUAUUAUUACUUAUAACUGGAUGUUGUCUUUUGCACACCUCAAUGUGUGAUCUUUAUGCUCGUAUGUCAUUCCUGAAAAGUGUGGUUUGCCGUAUCGUUGCAGAAAGAGAAAUAUACAUCUUGGUCUGUGGUUGUCACAUUUCUGAAACAUUUUGGUGCAUAGGUGUCUUUAUUAGACAAAAAAUAUAUUAAGAGUGUAUUUUGAUACAACAUAGUUCUAUUCGGGAAACGAGAAUUGUACCCAGUGGCGCAUGUUCUCCAAUAAAUUAAUGUUAUCAAUGUGCUUCUUUGUACGUACAUGUAGUGUUUCGUACAUUAUUUUUUGUAUUCGUAUGUAUUGCAUUGUAAACCAUUUUUUUACAAAUGGGAAAUGUGUAUCCCCUGUAUACCAUUCCCGAACAAAUUAUACAUGUUUCUAGCUGUCAUGAUUAGCAUGU